GGUUAUUGGUUCCCACAAAUGUCAUUAUGGUCUGUUUGACUAUUCUUCGCAUUAUUUCAACUACAACACUGGUAUUGGAGUGACGAUUGCAUCCUUUCAGUCUGUAGGUAACACACCUUGUUCAAGUGACAUAUUGGAUAUCACGGUCAGUGGAGCUGCGAUAUAUUGUGCAAUAUAUCUCAGGAUUUAGAGGUGUAGUUCAUCGUCUUAAUCAAAGUCCACGAGACGAUUUGAUUUUUGUGUUCCAUGAAAUAUCAAUAGAAGUGGGUAAUUAUAUAAUCAAUCUUCUCAAGUCGACUGUUAGACCCAUCUAUUUUUAAUGUUAUAUAUAUGAGUUAACAAAUUUCUAAUUGUCAUUUUGAUUCAAAGAAGUAAGAGUUGUUUAUCAUACAUUAAACUCAUUAUCACUAAGCUCCCAAUUUUCGUUAAUGGAGUUCCCUAAUCUAGGAGCUAACUGUUCAGUGCCAACUUGUCGAAUGCUUGAUUUCUUACCCGUUCGAUGUUCUGGAUGUCAUGGUGUUUUCUGCAAGAAUCACUAUCUGUACGAUAAUCACAACUGUAAAAGUCCCGAUCUUAAGGAUAAACAGGUUCCUGUGUGUCCCUUGUGCGGAACCAUAGUCCCUCUGAAACCAGGCGAGCUUCCAGAUGUAAAAGUCGGAAACCAUAUCGACACAGAUUGUCGGUCAAAGCCAGCUUUAGAGUUAAAAGGAAAGUUAUUCACAAAUGCUUGCUGUGUCCCACGAUGUAAAAAGAAAGAACUUAUACCUUUUGUUUGUGAUAGAUGCAAAUUAAAUUUCUGUGUUUCGCAUCGUAAUGAAUUAGAUCAUGAUUGUAAGGGAUUUCAACAAAAUCUGAAUAAUUCUAGAAAGUUGUCAACUUCUGGUGCAGCAGCUCUUUAUAGAGCUAUCUUUAGCAAUUUCAAUACAAAUUCGACUUCGAAGAAUGUAUCGCCAACAAACACGAUUCACUCAUCAUCACCUGUUGCUACUUCACUGCCAUAUAGCGUAAAUUCCCGUGAACUUCAGGAAGAAGAAGAUUUACAACUGGCUUUAGCAUUAUCUGAAUCACUUUCCAGUCGAACAUCUCAUUCACAACCAUCUAGAACAACACGUCAUGAUACCUCUUCAAAAUCGUCGUGUAAUAUUUCUUAA